AUGCCGUCUCGCGCGCGGGACCUCGCCGUAUAUCGGCGCGAUGAGCGCAUGGGGCACCAGCUGCUGACACGGGAAGAACGGAUGAAGUUGAUCGAGUCGUACCUCCCAUCGCCACCGUCUCGUUCCCGAUCGAGCUCGCAAACCCGAUUGACGAGAUCCGCAACGCGGCAAGACAAGAUGACCAGAUUUGGUGUGCGCCGCUUUCUGCGGCGCCAGUACCACGUUCUCGUCUUCGUCCUAAUUCAUAUUUUCUUCUCGCUGUACAUACGCCUCCGCCAGGCCUACCAUGCUGUCGGAAACCGGGUGUACUCGGUAUACUACCACCACCAUCGGACACCCGCGCUGAUACGUCGCGACCUGAAGGGGCUCGGCCGGCUGCCUAAACACCUGAGUGUGAUCCUGACGCUGGAGGACCAGAGGCGUGGCGGAGGAGACGUUGAGAAGUUGGUCGAUGAGGUGAGCGAGAUCGCCGCCUGGUGCGCCAGCGCCGGUAUCUUCCAGCUCUCGAUAUACGAGAAAACGGGCGUUCUCAAGUCCCUCCUCAAGGCAACCCACCGGGCCAUCUCACAAAAGCUGUGCUUUUAUUUCGGGCCCGACCAUCCCUCCGUCAGCCUCGGCGCCCCUCACCUUCCGCCCGUCGGACCCAGCGUCGUCCUUAACGGUUCAGGCCACGGCGGCGGCAGCAGCAGCGGCGACGAUGAUGACCACGAGGCAAGCAAGCACCUCUCGGUGCUCCUAAUCUCCGCCGAGGACGGGCGCGAAUCGAUCGUGGACCUGACCAAGACGCUGGCCGAGAUGUCGCAGCGCAAGAAGCUCAGCACGGCCGACAUCACGAUGGAGCUGGUCGACGCCGAGCUCAACGAGAGCAUCAUGUCCGAGCCUGACCUGCUCAUCCUCUUCGGCCCGCACGUCGAGCUGGCCGGCUACCCUCCUUGGCAGAUCCGGCUGACCGAGAUUUUCCAUGUGCGGGACAACCAGGAGGUCGACUACCAGGUGUUCCUCCGAGGCUUGCGGAAGUAUGCCCAGGCACAGAUGCGGCUGGGGAGGUAG